CGCCGUAUCUAUACGCCAACGCGUAGUGCAUCUUCGUCGUCGAUUUUCGUGGCUUGGCGGGUUCGCGAUCCGAGUCGCGAUCUCGUAUUCCCGAUAUCCAGGAGGGAACGACUCGCUGGCACGCGGGAUCGAGAAAUUAUAUUGUCCACAGUGGGGCGACGCGCGUGAACAGGUUGAAAGGGGAACGUCAGCACGCACAGGCCGCAACCUAUAUUUUUGUACCUCCAUGAAAGGGCCAUGUAACCUAUGUCAGUGAAGUGUAACAAAUGGAAGGUUUUAAGGUGAAAGAUGAACCGAUGGAUGCAUUAGCCAUAGACAGUCAGGUUAUGGUAAACCAUUUGUAUGAAACGGCAGCAGGAUGAGAACAUUGUGAGCGUCGUGCUUAAGGAGGAACCAGGUGACAGAUUUGAUCCCGACUACAUGGAGGAUAUUUGCUCCGGCACUUUCGAGAAGGGCACUUUAUUCUUGCCUAUCGAAAACAAUGAGGUGGAUUUCUCCAAUGAAAUGGUAAAGUUAGAAUUGGAAGGGGAAUCUACCAGCCACCAGAACUGGGCAGCACAGAUAGCAAGCGCAAAUUUAUGCGACAAGGAGGAUGCUGUGAUGCAACGAUGUUUGGCUAAUACAAAUUUUAUACAAGCACAGGAUCCUGACAAGCAUGGAUUCUGUCAAAACGGUCAGCAAACGAAAUUUUACAAAAUACAGUGCUCAAUUUGCAAAAAAUGGUUUCUGAACAAUGAUUCCAUGGUGACGCAUCUGAGAAUGCACUGUAGCGGAAAUCAAUGCGAGGUUUGCCAACAGAGUUUUACUGACAACUCUAGCCUGCACGCCCACAUGUUAACUCACGUUGGAAUGAGUCCGUUGGAGUGCCACAUCUGCCAAAAGAUAUUCGCUUAUAAGUGGAGCUUGAGAAAUCACAUGCAAUUGCAUGUAUUGGAUAAACCGUACGAUUGCGACGCGUUGCAGCAGGCUUUUAUGAAACGAGCGGGUUUAAACGAUCAAAUGAUGGACGAGAGAUUUUUCGAAUGCGACGUAUGUCAUAUGACGUUCAAGGAGAAACUUAAUUUAAAUCGACACAUGUCCAGUCACACGGCGGACAGGCCCUACAAAUGCUCAGUCUGCUUCGAGGCGUUUAAGGAAAAGACGAAAUUGAACAUGCAUUUGCCGCUCCACGCUGCGAACAAGCAUUUCAAAUGCACGCUCUGUCACAGAUCCUUCGCUCAGAAAACGGCGCUCAGCAAUCACAUGCUGGCGCACAGUGGCGAGAAACCACACGCGUGUAACAUCUGCGAGAAAACGUACAAGAGGAAAUCGGAAUUAAUUAGGCACACCAUGGUACAUACCGGCGAGAGACCAUACGAGUGCAAGGAAUGCCUAAUGACCUUCCGCGAGAAAGCCAAAUUAAAUUCGCACAUGCUCGUUCAUACGGGCGAGAAGCCACACGAGUGUCACAUCUGUCAUAAGGCGUGCGCGCGGAAAUCGGAUUUGAACAGUCACAUGCUGUUGCACACCGGCGGUCAGUAUGACUGCAAAGUUUGCGACAAGAUCUUUACGAGGAAGUCGGAUCUGAAUAGACAUACCCUGAUACAUACCGGCGAGAAGCCGUUUGCGUGCAAUAUGUGCGACAUGGCGUUCCGGGAGAAGACGAGAUUGAAUUCGCACAUGCUUAUACACACGGGCGAUAAGCGGCACGCGUGCCAUAUUUGCCAGAAAACGUUUAAGGAGAAGUCAUCGUUGAGGAAACACAUGUUAAGUCACACCGGCGACAGACCAUACGAGUGCUACGUGUGUCACAAGGCCUUCACGCAGAAAACUACGUUGAACAGCCACAUUAUGGUUCACGCCGGUGAAAGACCCUUCGAAUGUAGUACUUGUCAAAAAAUAUUCAAGGACAAAGCAGCGUUGAAAAAGCACUUGUCGAUGCACGUUAACGAGAAAACUCACGAAUGUCUUAUUUGUAUGAAAAAAUUCGCUCAUAAAGCAGCAUUAAAUAGUCACCUAUCCACGAAUCACAUAUCCUAACUACACGGAUCUAGUCUAUUACGGCUUUCUGUUUCUUUACAUUGAGCACCGUAUGUUUGUAGUUGUAUAGCAUAUUUCCAUGAUUACACCUGUAUCUCUGUUUUAUAUGCCAAUAGGUCCGAUAAAGUCGUAUUUUUUCCUGUGUAUGGAGAAAUAAUAAAAAUUAAUUUCUAAGUAAUAUCACCAGUCACAUACACGCUCCUACCUGAAAGAUGAAUGAAGUCUUCUAGAACGUUUAUAAUUCGUGCAUUACAUGUAUUAAAUGUAAUCCGAAAACUGAUAUUAUAAAAGCAAAUAUUUAAUUCUUUUUUUUUCCAGAAAUAGAAAAUUUUAGUUAUUUUUCUAGAAAAAGGAAAAAAUAAGAUACGAACCAAACGCGCAAAUAAAAAUAUGAUGCAAAAAAUAUGUUUAUAUGAAUCCUAAAAAAAGCAUGAUACAUCAAAUAUAAGAGAAAAUUUCGAUCUUUUUCAAUCUGAAAAUAUGCAAAAAUUGUGAUUAUUAAUAUGAUAUAAAAUUAUUAUCAGUUUGAAAGUUUAAAGUAUUAUAUUUUAAAAACGAAUAGAUAUUCAAUGUAUUAAAUGUUGAAUAAUAAUAACGAACUGAAGUUUUUGUACGAUAGACUGUAUUAUAUAAUAUUGAAGAAUAAUUAUUAUUUCAUUAAAUUGGAAAAGAUAAGGACACAAAAAAUGUCGGAGAUAGAUAUGAGUAAAUCAUUGCAUAUCAUUUAUUUGAUCCAUAUUUUAAGAGAAAAGAUUAAUGUACAUAUUAUUUGUUGGGAUAUAACUGGAUUUUCAUAUUUCUUGGUAGAGUUGAAAGAACUAUAAGUUGAUACCUGAAAUAAUAUCGUAUACACACAAUGAAAUUAUUAUAUGAUUUUAUAAAUAUUUUUCAUUUAUAUAUGAAAAAUCAUUUCUUUUUCUUACAAAUAAGAUAGAUUUUAUUAAAUUAAAAUAGCGAAGGAACAAUUAAUGUUAUUGAGUAUGGAAUUAUCAGAUGAUUACAUCGAUAGCAAAUUGUAAAACAAUUGCAAUAUUUUUAAUAUAUAUUUUUGCGAAAAUUUUUUGUUUCAUAUAUCAUAAACUAUGAUUCUUAUAAGUGAACGUUGAUGAGUAAAACAUUUCUUCGUCCAAACAUUUCAAUAAAAAGUUCAAUUAUACUCAGAAA